ACGGCCUCGCAUCACCACACCUCACCACCCCCCACGUUCUUGUUUCUUUCCCAUCCGCGUAUAGUAGACCACGGAGGCAGCAGAGCUGCAGAGGAGUAGCGAGAGAAAAAUACACGCGCGAAAUUUCCGGAUAAGAGCAGCGCCGGCGGCGGAUGUAGGCAGCGUUUGCUGUUGCUGUUUUUUUCCCUUUUUUUCCGUCUCGUUUUGCUCCCACUUCGCUGCUCCCGGAUCCGCGUAGGGUUCUUGUGUCGUGUGGUGGGGUUAUGACCCGCGGCGCUGCUCUGCUUUGCUCGAUUUGCUGUGCUUGCCUUGGAGGUCGCCUGCUUGGCUGCUUUUGAGAGUGAGUGUGUGUGUGUGUGUGUUUUUUUUUUAUACCUCUUUUCUUUUUCUGGGAGAAUUUCCCGUUCUUGGGUUUGGUCUUUUUUGCGAACCUUUGAACCCUUUCUUGUUGGAUUCUGGGGGGAAGUUUAUUUAUGCUUAAUUUGGCGGUUCUUGUUUUGUUUCGGGGAGUUUAGAAAAUUUUCGAGGCUUUGAUUCGUUUUGAUUUUGGGUGGGGGGAAUCUCGUCGUGCGAAAGGAUUCGAUCGGGAGAGCCUACCGGAGUUUGGAUUCUCGCGUGCACCACCGCGAGAAUUAUGAGGGGAGAAGUGAGCUUCUAGCUAGCAUCUAGAACCUUCUAGACUCUCCUCGCCAUGGAGACGUCCACCAUAAGCUUCUCCUCCUCGUCGCCGCCGUCCCCUCCGCCGCCGCAGCCGGCUCCGGGCGACAUCGACGCCGUCAGCCUCGGCCGCCUCAGCAGGAACCUCGAGAACCUCCUCGACCCCGCCUUUCUCAACUGCGCCGACGCCGAGAUCGUCCUCGCCUCCGGAGGCGGCGACCCCGGCGGCGGCGCCGUCGUGGGCGUCCACCGCUGCAUCCUCGCCGCCAGGAGCCGCUUCUUCUACGACCACUUCUCCUCCGCCCCCGCCCCCGCCCCCGCCACCGCCGGCGACAAGCCGCAGCUGGACCUCGACGGGCUGGUCCCCGGCGGGCGCCACAUCGGCCGAGACGCCCUCGUCGCCGUUCUCAGCUACCUGUACACCGGCCGCCUCAGGUCGGCGCCCCCCGAGGCCGCCGCCUGCCUGGACGACGGCUGCAGCCACGACGCGUGCCGCCCGGCGAUCGACUUCGUCGUCGAGUCCACGUACGCCGCCUCCGGCUUCCAGAUCUCCGAGCUCGUCUCCCUCUUCCAGCGCCGAUUAUCUGAUUUUGUGAACAAAGCUUUGGCUGAGGACAUACUGCCAAUUCUUGUGGUUGCCUCCACCUGCCAUCUUCCAGAGCUGCUAAAUCAAUGUAUCCAGAGGGUUGCCAACUCGAACCUGGACAAUCGUUACCUCGAGAAGCGGCUUCCGGAUGAUCUGUACGCCAAGCUGAAGGAGUUUCGCGUGCCUGAUGAACCACACAGUGGCAUUCUUGACCCUGAGCAUGAGAAGAGGGUCAGAAACAUCCACAAGGCCUUGGAUUCCGAUGAUGUCGAUCUUGUUGGCAUGCUUCUGAAGGAGUCCCCGGUCACCUUGGAUGAUGCAUUCGCCAUACACUACGCUGCGGCCUACUGUGAGCCAAAAGUGUUAGCAGAAUUGCUGAAACUGGAAUCUGCAAAUGUGAACCUGAAGAACUCAAGUGGAUACACGCCGCUCCACAUGGCUUGCAUGAGGCGAGAACCGGAUAUCAUUGUUUCGCUUAUAGAAAAGGGGGCCUCUGUUCUGGAAAGGACACAGGAUGGACGUGAUGCUCUUACCAUCUGCAAGAGAUUAACAAGGGAGAAAGACCGCAACGAGAAAUCAGAAAAAUGCAAGGAGAGAAGCAAGGCUUACUUGUGCAUUGGCGUCUUACAGCAAGAAAUAAAGAGGAGACCACAAAUUUUGGAGGACCAGAUGUCUGCAGAGGAGUCAAUUGCUACACCUCUGCUGGUUGAUAAUUUUCACAUGAGGCUACUAAACUUGGAGAAUAGAGUUGCCUUUGCAAGAAUAUUUUUCCCUUCGGAAGCCAAACUUGUGAUGCGCAUAGCACAAGCUGACUCAACUCAAGAGUUUGCUGGUCUCACAUCUGCUAAUUUCAGUAAACUUAAGGAGGUUGACCUAAAUGAGACCCCCACAAUGCAAAACAGGAGGUUGCGAGAACGCCUUGAUGCUUUGACAAAAACAGUUGAACUCGGACGACGAUACUUCCCACAUUGUUCAGAAGUUCUCGACAAGUUCCUGAAUGAAGAAUCCACCGAUUUGAUCUUGCUUGAAAGUGGCACAGCAGAGGACCAGCAAACCAAGAGGAUGCGCUUUUCUGAACUCAGAGAGGAUGUACGGAAGGCCUUUACCAAAGAUAAGGCAGCCGGCGCUGCAAUAUCUUCCUCAACAUCUGCGUCUUCAUCACCAAGUUGAUUUGAUCCAAGAUGAGUCGACCUCGCUCCUCGUUUCAACAGCUCGUGGAUGAAUCAUCGUCUGACGAUGACGAUGAUUUUUUUUUUGCCACGGCACAAAUCGUCCAUAGCUAUUGGCACUCUGUCAAUGCACCAAGACAUGGUGGGUCAGUCAUGGGACAUGAAGUGAUUGAUCGCAACAGAGAAGCACGGCACUUGAGAUUAUACCAAGACUACUUUUCUGAUAAUCCUACCUAUGGCCCAGUUUUAUUCAGGCGCAGGAAUAGAAUGAGCAGGCCUCUGUUUCUUCGCAUAAUGAAUGCAGUAGAGGAUCACGAUGACUAUUUUGUGCAGAAGAGAAAUGCAGCUGGUUUAAUUGGGUUCAGUUGUCAUCAAAAGGUCACUGCAGCAAUGCGUCAGUUGGCUUAUGGUAUAGCAGCAGAUGCUUUGGAUGAAUAUCUCGGUAUUGCAGAAAGUACCGCUAUAGAGAGCCUGAGAAGGUUUGUGAAAGCAGUUGUACAAGUUUUUGAACAUGAAUACUUAAGAUCACCCAAUGAGAACGAUACAACUCGAUUACUUGAACUUGGGGAGGACAGAGGUUUCCCCGGUAUGUUAGGCUCCAUAGAUUGCAUGCAUUGGAAGUGGAAGAACUGCCCUACAGAAUUGCACGGUAUGUACCAAGGGCACGUGCACGAGCCUACAAUAAUUUUAGAAGCCGUUGCUUCAAAGGAUCUCUGGAUUUGGCACGCUUUUUUUGGUAUGCCUGGGUCUCAUAACGAUAUCAAUGUACUUCAUCGAUCCCCGCUAUUUGCAAAGCUAGCUGAAGGCAAGGCUCCUGAAGUGAACUAUAGUAUAAAUAGACACGAUUAUAUGAUGGGAUAUUAUCUUGCUGAUGGCAUAUAUCCUUCUUGGGCCACAUUUGUGAAGACCAUACCAGAACCACAUGGCAACAAGAGGAAAUAUUUUGCCAAAGCACAGGAAGCAGUAAGGAAGGACGUCGAACGAGCUUUUGGGGUUCUGCAAGCUCGAUUUGCCAUUGUUCGAGGGCCAGCUCGACAUUGGGAUGAAAAGACUCUGGGAUACAUCAUGAAAGCUUGUGUUAUCAUGCAUAACAUGAUUAUUGAAGAUGAGGGAGAAGUUGAUUGGGAAGAACGGUUCCCAGAGGGAGGAGAAAAUGUCAGAGUGUCCCACGAUGAAAUACCUGAUCUUGAUGAUUUUAUCCAAAUGCACAAAAAAAUAAGGGACGACGAAACUCACUAUCAGCUACGUGAAGACCUAGUGGAGCACUUGUGGCAACAUUAUCCGGAUAAAUAUUGAGGUUUUAUUUAUAUGUUUGAAUUCCAUGUAAUAAAUAAUAUACAUAUGUGAGGAUUUGCCAAAUCAUCUUAAUUUGUUUUUCAUGAAUUGAAUAAAUGGUGUACUGUUCGGUUUAAGAAUAGUACAGGAGAAUUAAUAAAA